UCUGGUUCAUGGUUGGGGAAUGGAUAUGAAACUUGGGUACUGUACUCAGGUGACCGUAGCAACAAAGUAGGCAUUGUCGAUAGCAAAUAUAUCUUUCAUCAAGGCAUUCAAACACUAGGUGGAAGUGAUGAUCCUGAUAAGAAGAACUCAGCUUGCAGUGAUGUGACUCGGAAACGAGGUUCUCCGGCUUUUGAUUCAAGAACAGAAGUGAGCAAUCAAACAUGGGAGCUUCGAACUUUUCAAGAACGGUGGAACCAAGCUGUUGUAGAAGACAAGAAUUGGGUCGACCGGUCUUCAUCAACUCGGAAUCGAAUUGGCAAUAACCGGAGAUUAAAACGAAGUAGUGUGAUUCCAAGUUUAGUGCAGAGGAAAGCUAAAGAGACUACAACAUUAAAAAAACAUUUACAGUUUUUACUCAGAUUAUAUAUAGAAAAGUUUUUGUUUUUGUUUGGCAGUGUGAUGAGAGGCAACGCUAUCAAGAAGCCAAGGAGUGAGGUUAGGAUGGGAACCACUGGUGGUGUGAUGAGCCUGAGGACGCCAUUGUGA